CAGCAGGAACCCAGUGCAGCAUGGCGGCCUCCGACUUUGUGCAGGAGAUACACUCCAUAGGUGAGAGGCUGAGGCUCAAGCUGCAGAGGCUGCCCCGGGCUGAGCCUGUGGAGAUUGUGGCCUUCUCGGUCAUCCUCCUCUUCAUAGGUUCACAUGGACAAACUGAUAACAAAGCAGAAUGGUAUCUGGAAUGACAAGCUCUGGCUAAACCCCUGGGACCAGGGGGGCCUGGUAGUGAUCAUCUUGUUCGUCACCACGGUCCUGUUUCUCAUCUUGUUUGCUAUUAUGUUUGGUUUAUUCUCUCCAUUCAAGAAUGUCAGCCAGUUUGAAGAGUCGUGACCUGACUUUCUGAAAACACCAUGUACUUGUUCUUCAAAGCCCAUUAAGAGUCUAGAAUUAUACCUUUUUUCAGUGGUUACUUGCUAAGUGCCUGUCUUCCCCUUGGAUGAAGUCCCGUAAAAGGGAUGGGUCUCUUUCUGCUCAUCACUGUAUCCUCCAUGUCCAGUGGGCCUCACACACUAUCAAUCAGUAUUUUGAAUGGACAAAUGAGCAAAUAAAUGAACAAAUGGAAA